UGCACGUGUAGAAUCUUCUUUCUAGCAAAGCCACCAAGCUGCACUACUAUACUAGACUGUACUGUCGUACAGACUAGACUACGGACUAGAUUUAUGUUGUAAACCUGAAGUCAAGGAGUCAUGCAUCUGGAAUAUGCAAAAGACUUGGUGUUGCUGGCUGUCGUGUGCUACCUGUGCAGCCUGGGCAGAUGUCAUGACAUCUAUGUAGAUCCCAAUACUGGUAUGGACACCGACAACUGUUGGAAUGGGUCAGUGCCCUGCAAAACAUUGAAAAUGGGACUCAAAGCUUUACAAAACAACAGUAAUACCACAAUUUGGACAAGCGCUGGAGUGUACAACAUUACAGAGGAUCACAAGUUUGAAAAUCGAAAGAAUAUAGCAAUCGUUGGUGUCACUACAAAUGGAUCCUUGUCUUCUGCAAUCUCAGUUUUAGUCUCAUGUAGCAAUUUCAGUGGUGGGCUAACGUUUAUAAACUCGAGCAAUAUUACUCUUAGAGGCAUCAGUAUUGUUGGUUGUGGUGCCCUUCAUUACAGUACCAGUAAGAACUUUACUGAAUCUCGAUUUAAAUUUGCCGAAUUCUAUGCUGCUUUAUAUUUUCUCUAUUGUGAAGAUGUAACCUUGCAGAUUGUUCACAUCAACAACAGUGUUGGUACUGGAGCUGUGUUCUACAGUACAGUCGGCAAUAAUGUAAUUGACGGUACAAUUUUUCAUAGCAAUAGUGCCCAGCAGGGAACACCAGGAGGUGGAGGUUUGUACAUAGAGUUCUCGUAUUGUACGCCAAGCACAAAUGAUGGGGCGUAUGACGAUUGCAGCUUGGGAUCAAAUGUUCCAGAGUUUUAUGCACGAGAUGCUUACUACUUAAUCAGCCAAAGCUUGUUUGAUAAGAACAAAGCCUCUCUUAUCAAUCCUGAGAGCCAUACCUUUAUUUUGCCACAAAAUAGCUCUCAUUUGGCUUUUGGUCGCGGAGGGGGAGUUUCUGUGUUCUUCAAAGGCAAUGCAUCUUGUAAUACAGUUACUAUCAAUAAUUGCAUUAUAACAAACAAUGAAGCAUUGUGGGGAGCAGGACUAUUUGUGGAGUAUCAGGAUAUGAGUUUUAGCAACAAGAUGCUUAUCGGAGAUUCACAUAUUAUCAAUAACCAUGUCACAAACCCUUCAAAUGAGAGUGGAACAGGAGGGGGAGGAGCAAGAGUGGGAUUUAUCUUUUUUGAUCGUACUCACGUUUGCCAUAACUUAAUAGAGUUUCAAAACGUCAAUUUUAGUGGAAAUCGAGCCUAUUAUGGUGGAGGGCUGUCAUUUUAUACUGCACGGGAGAAUGCUUCUGUGGCCACCAACACUCUUACCUUCCACAACUGUACAUGGAGGAGCAACACAGCGAGAGUAGGCACAGCUGUAGACCUGUCCGUGUGGCAUCCUGUAUCAGAGGGGGCACUAGUCAGGCCCUUAUUUUCGUAUUGCUCAUUCAGUUGGAACAAUGCUAAUUAUGCCAGGAUAACUACUAUCGGUUCGUUUGUUGGGCUUGGGACGUUGUAUUCUGAUUCUAUCCCAGCAUUGUUCAAAAACAAUGUAAACUUUUCACACAAUACACAAACAGCCCUAGCAGCUGUUGGCACAGGAAUCCACUUCAUGAAGAACACAAUAGCUUGGUUUCAUAGCAAUACUGGCAGAAAUGGUGGGGCUAUUGCGUUGAUGGGUUAUGCCUUUAUUGAAGUUGCAAGUAACACCACUUUCCAUUUUGUUAACAACUCGGCUGAUCUAAAGGGAGGUGCUAUAUAUGGUCAUUCGAUUGGAGAACAUGAUCUUAUAUCUUCUCGAAACUGCUUUAUUCGUUACAAUGACAUUUACGUGACACCUCAAAAUUGGAAUGUAACAUUUUCCUUUGAGGGGAAUAGAGCACAAAACCAAUCAAACUCAAUCUAUGUGACCUCCCUGCUCACCUGUUUGUGGGGCGGGGCUUUUGGCUCAACUAAUGAGGGCACACAAAAUGUGUUCUGUUGGAAUAAUGGGACUGCACACUGGCAUUAUGAUGGAAACUGUUCAGCAAAUAUUGCAACUUCUCCUGCUCAUUUCCGUGCUAAUACUAAGACAGACUCCAGCUAUGCAAUGACCAUGAUUCCUGGAAAACGAAAGAAGUUUCCAUUUUCAACUGUCGAUGACAAACAACUCGAUGUUACACAGUACACUGUUCUUAUUGCUCGAACAGAAACAAACACAACCAACAAUGAUAAAAUUUUUCUCGAUGGCAGCUCAGUAUAUAUUUCAGACAAUAGUUUGGAAGUGCAUGGCAAACCCUACGCUAGUGGGACUGUGAGAAUUGAAACUAUUGAUCCUCGCGUAGUGUACACACAAAUAAAUGUGACGGUACAAAAAUGUCCUCCUGGUAUGAUAUAUUCUUCUUCUGAUUCUGGUCUGAAUUCUUCCUGUACUUGUGGCAAUGGCGCUUUAUACAACCGUCUAAUCUUGUGUGAUAGAGAUAAGUACAGCACAUCGCUUCAACGUGGUUCCUGGAUUGGCUUCUAUAACUCUGACCCCGAAUUACUAGUUGGACAGUGCCUCUACUGUGCCGGAAUAGACUUAGAUAAUCGCUAUAUUCCUCUCCAUGAUGAUCUUCACUUUCUAUGCGGUAGAAUAAAUCGUACUGGCAUAUUGUGUGGGGCGUGUGAGCACCCUUAUGGACCUGCUGUUAACUCGAAACACUUCACAUGCAUGGAGUGUAACGAUCAAGAUGAACACCUUAACUGGUUCUUCUAUUUACUUACCGAGUUCCUACCAAUAACAAUAUUUUUCCUCUUUGUUGUCCUUUUUAAUGUCAGUGUCACCUCAGGUCCUGCCAAUGCAUUUGUUUUCUUUGCUCAAAUGACUACUACCGCUCUAAACUUGGACGGCGAUGGCUUUGUUCAGGUCAAUACAGUGUUACCAAAUGGAAAUACAGUUGAUGACAUAUUCCGUACUAUACCAUAUGAUUUCUGGAAUCUCAACUUUUUCAGACCAUACCUUCCUAAGUUUUGCUUGAGUUCGAGCAUUUCCACUUUGCAACUCCUUGCUACUGGAUAUGUCACAGCCUUUUACCCACUUGUGCUUGUGGCUGUAUUUUUCUUUUUUUCAUGGCUCUAUUCUCGAGGAUUCAGACCAAUACUGUUACUCUGCCGACCAUUCCAUUCUUGUUUUGCAAGGAUAAAUCGCAUAUUGGAUGUUCGAAAGUCUAUUCUCCAUGCACUCGCAACUUUUCUUCUUCUCUCUUACACAAAAUUUACACUAGUGUCUUUUUUCUUGCUUACCUCAACUCCCCUAAUCCGUGCUAAUGGUUCAGUAGCUUCAUUUAAUCUAUAUUAUGAUGGGCGCAUUGUUUUUGGGAGUGCAGAACACCUUCCAUACUUGAUUCCUUCUAUGGUAGUGUUGGCUACCUUUGUUGCUAUCCCUCCUAUCAUCCUUAUAGCCCCCUCCGCAGUUCAUGUUAUACAGAAAUGGUGUGGUAGAACUCCAGACCUCUGUGGCGGUGCAAUGUUCAGCCAAUUUCUAAAUGCAUUUCAUGGUUGCUAUAAGGACGGAACGGGUGGAGAAUAUGAUCAAGGUAACAAAUCCGAUUGUCGCUGGUUCGCAGGUUUAUACUUUAUUCUACGUGUUGUUCUACUAGCUAUCUAUGCAUUCACUGCAGACUGGUUUUUUCAGUCUGUGCUUCAGUUGGUGGUUUGCAUUGGAGCACUAAUAGCUUUUGUAGUGUUUCGUCCGUACAAAAAUGACCUGUACAAUAAAGUAGAUGCUGCUUUCUUCGGCAUUAUUGCAUUGCUUUGUUCAUUAUCUUUGCAAAACUACUAUUCUAGCAUUGUAGGUUCAACGUUAUCACCAUGGACGUUUGUGUUUCAGUACUUUCUCUUUGUCUGUCCUCUGAUUUAUAUAUCUUUUGUUGUUGUCUACUUCUUUUGGAGAAGAAACAAAUCUAUCGUCAAGAAACUGUAUCAGAAAUGUUUAAAAAAGUUACUGAUGAAUACUGGAUCUCCAGAGCUAGUGCAAGAUGAUAAUGACUUCUUCCAAGAUGCAGAAGCAGCUGGGAGAUUUGGCAGUCCAGAAAGGAACACCUACUCUCAAAGUCCAUGUUUGUCUGUGCAGGAAAACCAACCUCUACUGCAAAACGAACCACGCCGACGUAUCUCACCGCCCCCAAACUGCAGUGAGAGCUCAGGAGGGAGUAACAAUGAGAAUGGGUCAAGUAACAGUGGUACCCACCUUUCUGCUGGAACACAAACACCUACCUUAGGUGCAGAAACUUAUAACAAUUUUGGGGUAGACGUUUUUGAAGUGACACCGCCAGGAGCAUCUAAUGGACCUGGAGUCGAAGUUGAAACUCUGUCUAAAAGACGAAAGAAUAUAUUCUUCACUCAAUAAUAUUAACUUUGAUUGUUGUUCCCAUUACUUAAUUUGUUGUGUGUGCAUUUUUUUGUUUUCUGCGUUCGUAUACUUAUAAUUAUAAGCACAUAGUAUUCUAAUAAAAAAACUUGUUGUCUGUUUAUUACAAUCUGUUUUGAUCUAUUGAAUUUCCGAUCUUAUUAUUUAUACCUUUUACAAUUAAUUCAUGUUUGCUGCAAUCUGA